UACCUACAUUUUUUUCUUUCAAUUAAAAUAGUAAAAAAAAACUGAAGAUCGUAUAAUUUUCUGUUGAAAAUUGUUGCCUAUUCUUCGCGUAACCACAUUUUUUUUUUACAAUUUGAUGCAAUGAAUGUUACAAUUGGAAAUCCAAUCAACGAAAUCAUAAUGAUAUUAAAAUAGACGUAGCGAAGAUAAAAUCAAUGAAAAAUGACGGAAAUGACAUAUCGAUCACCUGGGUCGAUGAUCAUGAAUCGAAGUAUAACAUAGACUGGAUCAAAAUUCAACAUCAGCCAGAAUCAAAAUUAGAUCAAGUGUUUUGGUCAGGGCAAGAAAUAGAAAAUGAAAUACCAAUUGUUUCAAAUCAAGAGAGCCCAGAACAAGUCGCUCGAGUAUUAACAACGUCACUUCUACGAUAUGGGAUCGGUCUCGUGAAACAUGUACCACCAACAUUGGAAGCCACUGCUGAAGCAGUAAAUAAACUGGGCCCUGUUAUGCAUACACUUUAUGGUGGAAUGUGGUGUGUGCAAACCGACCGAGAGUUUGAAAAAUACCAAGAUACCGCCUAUACUGCUCAAGAAUUAUCUGUUCACACAGAUAACACAUAUUUCAUCGAACCAGCUGGAUUGCAGAUAUUCCAUUGCAUUGAAGCUGCUCAACAAGGAGGCGAUACAUUACUUGUAGAUGGAUUCAAAGCUGCACGCACCUUGAAAGAAAAAUAUCCGAUGAGUUACGAGUGUUUAAAACAGACUCCUAUAGAAUGGCAAUAUAUCAGUGAUCAGAAUCACUACACUUGUACGAAACCCAUUAUCAAUUGUUCUGCUCAAUCAAAAGAAAUCGAACAAAUAAGGUAUAAUAUAUACGACCGAAGCCCGAGACUAUAUCCUUUCAGAAACGAACGUAAUAUCUUAUAUCAGAGUGUAAAAAGAUUCAGAGAUAUAGUCAACGAGAAAAACUAUCAAUGGAAACUACAACUGACCCCAGGAACUGUUAUAUUUAUCAAUAAUUGGCGAGUUCUUCACGGUAGAACAGCGUUUACUGGAAAUAGAGUACUGGUUGGAUGUUACAUGGGAAUGAAUGCUUUACUGAGUAAAGCUAGAAUACUGAAACUAAUCGUAUGAUUCCAUAUAUUCUUAUAAAAAUACAUACUUUUUUAGAAUGGUUA